AUGGCCAGCUGUAAGAAUUCGUUUUUCACCACCAUUCCCUCCUCUCCGGUGGACCCGACCGCCCACCUAUGCGAUGACACCGCUGCAACACCUACAGUCGUCAUCCCAGGAGCAGUAGGAAUAACGGCGGACACGAGGAAGAUGUCGUCCCCGCACCCGUCGGCAAAGACAAGCGGAGGUCCAACACAGGCCGGGCUAUCACAGUCGUAUCCACACUCUCAGCACCAGCAGCUGUGUGCGGGCGGUCUCCUUGAUCCAUUUUUCUUAAUGGAGAUAGAUGAAAACAUACAAGUUUCUAACAACACGGCUGCGACGAGCGGCUCACGUACGUCUCUCUCUGGCGACGGCGCUACUAUAAGUGCCAAGGACGCAGCCCUCUGGAGCCCACGUAUGGGGCAUGUGCUAUCGACGCAUGGAAAGACGAUGCGUGAGUCGCUCUCCGCUGGUGAGCUCUAUCGCGAGUGUGGCCUCCGCACAUCAAUGUGCGGUGCGAGCGAAAAAGACGAAGCAGACGACAGUAAGCAGAGGCGUCGGCAGCCAUCGUCGUGGCCGUCGUCGUCACGCAGGGACACCGCAGAGUGCUUGUCGAGGGUCGAGGUUGUUGUGCCGGCAGCCGAGGUGACUGCGGCGGAGAACACCAGCUCUACCAUCGCAGCAGCAGCGACCGCUGGAGAGGCUGAGUUGAAAAGCCCUGGCAGAAAGAGACGCUCCGUGUUGACCGCGUGGGUAACGUCGUGGACAUCGACUAGUAGGAAGGCAGGGGCACCGCCCACAGGCUCGGGUUUGGCAAGUCGAGGAGUGAGCGACUUCUUAGCCCCUCUGCAAACCUUUAGCUUUUCGCACUCGCCACCCAGCUGUGACCACUUCGAUACUCCACAAGGUAACUACACACCUGACUGCGAGACUACUCCACUGCUGCCCGAGAGGGCUGACACUGCCGUGAGCGCCAACUCCUCGAGCAUUAACCUCUACGCCCACGAAGCACAGGGAAGGUCGACGAAAGCGACGGAGAACAGCGCCGACACCGGUGGGUCGACCGUCGGGUCUGCGGUGAAGUCAUUUAUAUCGUUGAUCAGGCGGCGCCCCUCGUCCAGCACGGCCUCGCCCCACACCGCGACGCCCGCAGGAGACGACGCCGCCAAUGUCGAGCGGCACCCGACUGGAGUGCCACCAUAUUUUAUAGAGGAGGUGUCGUAUGGCGUGGAGCAGGACGUGCUUUGCGCGCAUGAUGACGACAUGCGCGUCGUGAACGACAGCGCCGUGACCCUGAUGGGGAGUACCGACUGGGGACGGGAUGCCGUGGCCGAAGAGCCGGCUCUGCGGGUCUCGGCCGCGAACAGGUGCGCACAGCGCACAGGAUGGUCGGUGGGCCUGCUCCCGUUAACUGCGUGGCUGUGCGGCAGCUCCGCCGUGGGGGCUUCACUUUCUACGGCGUUGUGGAGGGCGGCCGUUUGGCCAAGGCCAGUGCCGUUGGCGCCGUGUCUGUGCGUUUCCGCACAGGCAGAGCAGCAUGCAGCCCAGGAGGCGUCGACGGUGCUGGCAAGCGAGGCGGCGAUGCCGGGGAGCUCUGUAAGCCAUCAGCGUCACCCUCCCCCAUUCACUGCCCCUGCCCUCUACACAUCGCCGCCUUCGCUCUUGGCGUGCAUGCCAGUACCGGUGUCGACUAAAGUGUCGGCGAUGUACUGCUGGGCAGAGCACAAUCGUGUCUCGCUAUCCUCCCCCGCCCCAUGCUCCGUUUCCACCUCUGAGCACCUCUGUGCAGUGCCGCCAUCGUUAACAACAGGCUCGACCCCGUUGUAUGCGUCAUCGAUUCUGGGCUUGGUGCCGGCAUCACUAGCCGAUCACACUUCUCUUGAGUCUGCGGGUGUCGGGCACAUCACCUCAGCUCCAUCGUGUCCGACUACCGCCGCAGAAGGGGUGGCCUCGCGGCAGUCGUGCGAUGUGUGGCGUCUCGCGCGGUGCUAUGCCCACUUCGAGCGCGCUGUCGAGCAACGCGGCGACGACGGCGUAUGGUCAGUUCGCGGCACUAGCUGUCUUUCGGCGUGGGAGUCAGUAAAGCUGGUGGUAGAUGCCAGCGUUGCUAGAGCGGAUACGGAAAGCCGUCUGUGUGACGGCAGCGACAAUGGUGGCGCGUGGCCGCUUGCUACCUUUGAUCUUGAUGGAGCUUCCGAUACGCCUGGUGCCUCUACCCCGACGUCUCCGCAGCUCACCUCGGCCUUCCCAUUUUCCUCCGUGUCGGCCGUCCUUCGUGCCGAGAAGGACGAGGAGGUCUUUGCCCGCGCUGCGAUGUGGGCAUUGGAGCAGAUGAGCGGGGAGUGUUGA